AUGGCGCUGGCGGCGGCGCUGGCGGCGCUAGCGGCUCUGGCGCUGCUGCAGCGGCUGCUCCGGCCGCACCUUUGGGCCGAUCUAGCUUUCGUGCUGCGUGCGGCCCGGUGCCGGCGGCGAGCGGUAGCGGCGGCUGGGGGCUGCCGCUCAUUGACCGCUCGGUUCUUGCGGGCAGCUCGGGAGGCACCGGGGCGACCGUUCCUGCGGGCACGGGGGAGAGCGGAGCCGUAUGGGAGCGGGGCACGGAGGGUGGCCCGGGUGGCCAACGCGCUGCGGGGGUGGCCUCUGGGCGGGAGUGGGGAGCUGGGCCCCGGUGUCACCGUGGGGCUGCUGGUGGGGAACGAGCCGCGGUUCAUCUGGAGUUGGCUGGGGCUGGCGGCGCUGGGAGCCCGUCCUGCCUUCCUGGGCACGGCGCUGCCGCCCGCCGCGCUCCGGCAUUGCCUGCGGGCCUGCGGGGCACGGGGGCUGCUCGUGGCCGACGUCCUGUUUGCAUCGGUGGAGCCCGUCCUGCCCAGCCUGCAGAAGGAUGGCAUCGUGGUGUGGGUGCUGGGCUCGGGGCCGUACCCCCCUGGCGUGGUGGCCCUUCAGGAGCUGCUGGAUGCAGCCUCCGAGGAGCUGGAGCCUGAGGACGUCUGGCAGCCCAAGGACAUGAAUGACACCUGCCUCUACAUCUUCACCUCUGGCACCACUGGUCUUCCCAAAGCUGCCCGAGUCUCCCACCUCAAGUCCAUCAUGUGCUUGAGCUUCUACGAGCUGGUGGGCGCGUCCAGCCGGGAUGUGGUGUACCUGGCACUGCCCCUUUACCACAUGGCCGGGUCCCUUCUGGGCAUCGUUGGCUGCAUCGGCAUCGGGGCCACUUGUGUGCUGAAGGAGAAGUUCUCAGCCGGACAGUUCUGGGCUGACUGCCGCGCCGAGGGCGUCACCGUCUUCCAGUACAUCGGGGAGCUCUGCCGCUACCUCAUCAACCAGCCGCAGCGCCCUGGGGAGCGAGACCACGGGCUGCGGCUGGCGGUGGGCAGCGGACUGCGCCCCGACGUCUGGCGGAGCUUCCUGCAGCGCUUCGGAGCCAUCCGCAUCGUGGAGACCUACGGCAUGACCGAGGGCAACGUCACCCUCUUCAACUACACCGGCACGCCGGGGGCCGUGGGGCGCAGCAGCUUCAUCUACAAGCUCUUCUCACCUUUCGAGAUCGUACGCUACGACGUCACCGAGGGCGCUCCGGUGCGGGACGCGGACGGGCGCUGCAUCCGCGUACGGGCGGGCGAGACGGGGCUGCUGAUCGCCCCGGUGACACCCCGGACCCCCUUCCUGGGCUACGCUGGUAGCCAGGAGCUGUCUGAACAGAAGCUGCUGCGCGGGGUCUUCACCGAGGGCGAUACCUACUUCAGCACGGGGGACCUGAUGGAGCAGGAUGCGGCCCAGUUUGUCCGCUUCCGGGACCGCACUGGGGACACCUACAGGUGGAAAGGUGAGAACGUGGCCACCACGGAGGUGGCAGAAGUCUUGGUGGCCCACGAGUCCCUGCAGGAAGCCACCGUCUAUGGCGUCACCGUGCCAGGCCGCGAGGGCCGUGCCGGGAUGGCUGCCGUGGUGCUGCGCCCUGGCUGGCGGCUGGACGGCGCCGCUCUCUACCGGCACCUGGAGCAGCUGCUGCCGCCCUACGCCCGGCCCCGCUUCCUCCGCCUGCAGGAGCGCCUGGCGAUGACGGAGACGUUCAAGCAGCAGAAGGUGCGGUUGGCACAGGAGGGCUUUUACCCGGAGCGCGUCCCUGACCCUCUCUUCCUUCUGGACGAGGCCGCCAAAGCCUAUGUGCCCCUCGGCCCCGUGCUGCUGCAGGGAGUCCUGGACGGGAGCUUCCGCAUUUAGACACGCACGGCGCCACCCCCCCCGCCCCACUCCUUCACCCCCCCACCCCCUCCCCUCGCCAGGAAUGUCCUGACGCUGGGUGGCCCAAAGCACCCCGUGUUCAUCUCACCAGUAGUGUGUGUCCUGUGGGUCCCUCAAUGCCCGUCCUGUGGUUCCUUGUCCAUCCUGCCACCCCCACAUCCAUCCCACCACCCCCGCAUCCAUCCUACCACCUCCAAUCCACCCUGCCACCCCCAAUCCACACUGCCAUCCCCACAUCCACACUGCCAUCCCUGUGUCAACCCUGCCAUCCUCACGUCCAUCCUGCCCCCCCAAUCCACUCUGCCACCCCCAAUCCACACUGUCAUCCCUGUGUCAACCCUGCCACCCCCACGUCCAUCCUGCCACCCCCACGUCCAUCCUGCCACCCCCACGUCCAUCCUGCCACCCCCACAUCCAUCCUACCACCCCCAAUCCACCCUGCCACCCCCACAUCUAUCCUGCCAACCCCACAUCCAUUCUACCACCCCCAAUCCACAAUGCCACCCCCAAUCCACACUGCCAUCCCCACAUCCAUCCUACCACCCCCACUCCACCCUGCCACCCCCACAUCCAUCCUGCCAUCACCACGUCCAUCCUGCCGCCCCUGGGUCCCCACAUCCAUCCUACUAUUCUCAUGCUCCCCAUGCCCAUCCUGUGGGGUCUGGUGCCCAUCCUGCCAUCCCCGAGUACCCCAAAGAAUCCGUCCUACGGGCCCCCUGCAUCCAUCUUCUCAUGCCCGAACCUGCACUGUCCACCAGAGUGUCCCCAGCUGCCCCACACCCAUCCUGCAAGUCCCCAAGUGCCUCCUAGUUCCCCAUAGUCUGCUCUGUGUGUGUUGCCUCCCACCCCCCAUUCCCCAGCCCACACUGCAGGGGGAGAGGUUGUCACUGCCCCACCCCUGCCCCCUUGGGGUGCCCCCCACAGUUGCCGGUGCCUUCCUUCCCGUUUUGGGGUCCUGCUCUUUAUACAAACAGACUUUUUUGGGAGUCUUCUCCUUUUUUUUUGCAAAUAAACUCUUUUGUAGCAAAUCUC